CGUACAAUGGCUUCCUUCCAACAGCCAUCGAACGGCUCGGCCGAAGGCCUUUGUCUCCGGUUCCCGCAAGUCCUUGCUGUCCACUCAGAAAUGACGAUGGAGACGGCGUUGAAUCUGUUACAACGUGGUCACCAAAUUGCCGCACAGACACCAUUCCAGUGGGGGUACAUUGAUAGACCAGCUGAUGGCGAAAUUUAUCUGGUACACGUAUCCAAUCAAGCCCCAUUCCCCAUCGACGGGAUUCGCUACCAAGCACCAGAAAGUAAAGGAGUCGUGAAUGCGGGAGCAAAUAAAGAAUUGGAAGUGCACGAAGUCAAAUAUGGAUUUGUGCCUGGACAAGACAAUACCAUUGGGGCAGCUCGUGUUCGUAGACGAUUUCGUCUCAUCCGUGGCGGAUAUUCUCAGCUUUGGCUGGUUCACUACAGUCAUGGCCCAACUGCUCGUACGAAAAUCUCCGUCUCUCUCGUUUCAACUUAUGCAUCUCAUCUUGCAGCCAUCCAAGCUGCCCAUAUGAAUCAGCCAGUCCGGGAAUAUCCAUUACGCCCCGUUGGAUCAGAGGGCGUCUACGUUCUUGGAGAAAAGGCGGGCCAGAAAGUCAACGCGGCAGGCCCGUUAGAUAGACCCACGAUGCCAAUGCAGUUCAAUUCGCAGCAAAUGCUCGCUCAGCAAAACAAUAAUAUGGCUAGGCUUGAGCAGCGAAGACGGGAGCACGACCGCGUCGCAAGGCAAGGCCUUCCACCCCGAGCAGACGAAGAGGAAUCCGGCGACGAGUACGAAAGCAGUAUCACCACAAAAGCAUUAGCCAUGACAAGAUAUCGUCGGAACCAUGAGCUUAUGGCCGCUGUAUUCACGCACGCUGCUUUUGGCGAAAAAUAUGCAUCAGCACCCCCUGCUUCAUAUUCCAUAUUUGAUAAAUCGCACCUUGACACUCAGAUGGAAAAAUUGGAGGCUGAGAUUACUGUGUUGAUGGCCAAGGCAGAGGAACGCAAGGCUAUGCAUGAACAGCGGAGAGCGGCGAGUCGCGCUACGAUAGAGCCCGGAGACAUGUCGAUUGACCCCAGUUCAUGA